AUGAGAGAAAGAAAACAAUAAAAUAAAAAUCAUAAAAUUAAUGUAGUUAUUGUUAAAAAAGAAGUUAUUUCUAAAAUAGUUAAAACUUAAAAAGGUUCCAUAAAUAAUAUAAAUUUUAUCAAAUUAAGAAAUGAAAACCUUAGCUUUGAUGCUACAGAGACAGUUAUAAGGAAAUAUUUUCAAUGCAUAUCAAAAUUAUUUAAUUUUCAUUAGAGUGUUAUUAGUGUGAAGCUGGAAUAAUUAAGAAAAUACUUGAAUUAGUAUAUCAAAAAGAAGUUCAAAAUGUUUGGUAGAUUUAAAAACUAUUUUUGA